AUGUGGCCACCAUCUUACAAAGUAAAUCUUCAACAACAAGAAUCUUUUGGGUUUGGAUCUGAUAUGGAAUUUUCAGAAGAAGAUCAAGAAAUCAUAAAGAAAGGUGAUAUUUCAGAGAUUAAAUUAGAUACAACCAACACAACAGCACAAGAGGCUGAUUUCAGUUCUGAGAGACAAAUGUUCUCGUAUUACUCUCUUGAUGCCAGACUGUUGUCACUGCAACUACUGAGAAGUCUGCUGCCCCUCUUCAGGAACCACACAUUUGUCUGGUCUCUCGACAGAUACUUCUCCAUUGUUGUUGCAACUACAAUACGGCUACCUGUAUCAUUGAAGCUCACAAGCUGCCCCAUCGACAGUUGGUGUUGCUGCUGCUUCAGGCUCUGCUUCCAAUUCUGUCGCCCAGUGGAGCUGAUCCAGGUGUCCAAAAAAUACAUUGCAGACAAUCCUCCAGGGAGACUGGUGCUGCCUGAUGAGAGGGUCAUAAACUACAAACCUACUGUAUAUGAAGUAGAGGAAUAUGAGAGGUUCAACUCAUAUUUGAGAAGGAUGUGAUUGUAGAACAGAUAAGGAGACAGUAUCUUGAAGAAUAAGUCUGUGUUGAUGGUUUAUGGGUUUGUAAUACUCCACAAGAAACUUUUUACUGUUAUUUGCUCCCUGUUUCCGGUACAACUCAUGAAGGGAACACAGGAAAGGCCAAUUUGUCUCUAUAGGUUUACCACACUUUAAUGCCUCAUUCCCACAUAAUAGUGUGUAUGAAAGAAGUAUUAAAAUUGUAUCACCUUCUGUUGCAGAUAGCAGGUAAUUUAGCCCUCUGACUAGUGUGCCACAGCAGUUGAAGCACACCAUGCCAUGAGUACAGUCGAUUGCCAUGGCAAUUUAGUGCUGAAGUGCUCUACUGGGAGAUGACCCCUGAAGAAGUUUUCAAACACGACUGUUUAUCCUUUAGCUGUGUUGGCAUCUGAAGACCUCUCAAUUCCAGCGCUGCUGUGACCUCUUGCUACUCCUUAUUAUUUCCUUGAAGCUAUGCAGUAUAUGACUUUGUUGCCAGUUCAAUGUCACCACUUUUGGCAGAAUACCUUACACACCACACUUUCUUCUGAAAAGCCAUUAGAUAAUGAUUCAGCACACAUGCUGCAGUUUGUCAGUUCUCAAAAAUUUUUUCCUUUUUGCGCUUUACUGUGAGACUGCAUCAUUCCUCUCACCACGCAGUGUGCACUGUCACUAAAUUUAAAAGGUAAGGAAGUUGGGGAGCGGUGGAAUGGAAUAUGUAUUUUAGAGAAGUAUACAAAGUUAUAAUUUCA